AUGGUGCUUUCAAAUCUCAGCUUCUAUAAUGUCUUAGCUGGUUUGGACUGCAGUCCGUAUUCAGAGUCACCUUGGGAAGAGGAAGAUCAGGUCCACCGAAAUUCUAACCUGAAAUCAUGUGGGCAUUUCCAGAAAAGGUCAGAGGUUGUGUAUCUGGAGAGGAGUAUUCCCAAAAUUGUGUGGACAGGGUUGCUGCUCGGCUUAUCCAAUAUAGAUCAGGCACAAAAGCAGGCAACAAGCCUGGUUUAUUGCACCCGUCUAUCACAGAACACACAUAUAAACUCACGUCUUGCCAUUUUGGAGUCAACAAUAAAUCUUCCCUGCAUAGGUUAUGAGGAAGGAAAUCUAAGUACUCUAAGAAAAACAAAUCCUAUAGACAUGGGUCCAUCAGGGGCAAGUGGAUUGCCAGGAGGACAAGGUCCACAGGGACCCACAGGUCCUGAAGGACUACCAGGACCUUCCGGCCCACCUGGCCCUCCUGGACCACCAGGUUUGCCUGGUGUUUUCCCUGAUGGCAGUGGUGAUGUUGUGUGCCCUGCUAUUUGUCCGCCUGGCCCAUCAGGUCCUCCGGGAAUGCCAGGAUUCAAGGGUCACACGGGCCACAAAGGAGAUAAGGGAGAGCAAGGAAAAAUUGGUGAGAAGGGUGAUCCAGGCCCCCCAGGCCCAGCUGGCCUACCUGGAACUGUUGGACUGCAGGGGUCCAGAGGUCUAAGGGGGCUGAUGGGUCCUAUGGGUCCAGUUGGUGACCGGGGUCUGCCUGGUUUCAGAGGUCCACCUGGAAUUGCUGGAGUCAUUGGCAAAACGGGUGAUGCAGGAGAGAAGGGGCCACAGGGCUUUAAAGGACCCAAGGGAGAAAUAGGGAAGCCCGGACCAAAAGGAAUGCCAGGCAGACCGGGAACAAAAGGUGAUCCGGGCAUACCAGGACGAGAUGGAAAAGAUGGCACACCAGGAACAGAUGGAGAAAAGGGUGACAGCGGACGGCCAGGAGUCCCAGGAGAAAAAGGCCCAAAUGGUCUUCCAGGACUGCAGGGAAAGGCUGGAACCAAAGGUUCUAAAGGUCAGAUUGGAGAUCAAGGAGAAAUGGGAGAGGCUGGCCCAUCUGGAGAACCAGGUAUUCCAGGAGACCAAGGAAUUCCUGGUGAGAGGGGUGAAGCAGGACCCAGAGGGCUCGCAGGUGCAAUUGGUCUUCAAGGAGGAAUCGGGCCAACUGGUGUGACUGGUUUCCAGGGACCUAAAGGAGGUCUUGGUGACCCUGGUCUGCCUGGGCCCACUGGAAUCCGUGGGGAUUUUGGUGAUAGGGGUCCAGUUGGUGCUUCUGGUCCUAAAGGGAACUUGGGCAUUGCUGGCAGCGAUGGACUCCCAGGUGAUAAAGGUGAACCGGGACAUUUUGGUCCAGUUGGACAAAAGGGAGAGGCAGGAAAAUUUGGGGAAAUGGGUCCAAAAGGUAUCACUGGCCCACAGGGUGAGAUCGGGGCAAGGGGUUCUCCUGGCAAGCCAGGUCUGAUGGGUUUCCAAGGAGAGCAGGGUCUUCCAGGCAUUGCAGGAAAAACAGGAGUUCCGGGAAAAUUGGUGAGCGAACAGCACAUAAGGGAACUCUGUGGUGGAAUGAUCAACGAUCAGAUUGCUCAGCUGGCUGCCAAUUUGAGACGGCCGUUGGCCCCAGGCAUGGUUGGCCGCCCUGGCCCAGCUGGACCGCCAGGAGAGUCUGGGGUUUCUGGAUCAAUAGGGCACCCUGGAGCUCGAGGUUCACCAGGAUACAGAGGUCCUCCUGGAGAGCUGGGAGACCCAGGUCCUAGAGGUGAUGUAGGUGACCAAGGAGAUAAAGGAGAAAUUGGAAAGGGAGUUGAAGGACCCAUGGGAGAUCAAGGACUACAAGGUCCUCCUGGAGUUAAUGGGGUCAGCAAAGAUGGCCGUGAUGGUGCCGUUGGGGACCCAGGCCUUCCUGGCGAGCCUGGAAGAGUUGGCAGAACUGGGGCUCAGGGUACGUCCGGGAUCUGCGAUACAUCAGCUUGCCAAGGACCAGUGGCAGCUGGAAAAUCCACAAACCCCAAAAACAAUUAAAACCCGGAAAAUAAAACCAAAAACCAAAAAAAACUAAAAAAGAAAGCUGACUGAUUUUAUUUUAAAGACAGUGAGAGGAAAGGCAGUCAAAGGCUUUUUCAGAGAGCAAGUGGACCAAACAGGAAAGUAAGAAGAAAGGAGCACAGUGUGUGAACGAGAGUUCAGUUCUCUAGCUUAUUCUGAGCAGCACCCAUGAAUGGCGACACUGAAAGAGCGCUUUGGAGACCUUUCUUGAACUUUUUAAAGUAUGAAUGUUUCUUUUGUUGUAUGUGUUUGUUUUUUAACCUGUUAAGAAAACCCCGUCCCACUGACCAAGCAGACGCUUCCUCACCUUCUCUAUGGCAUCAGACCAGUUUGCACCAUUUCUCUGGGGCUCCUUCAACUCUCCCAACCUAUAGAUGUGAGACCCACUUGUCAAAUUAUUUUCUCUCGGAACAUUUCAUUUAAAAAUGUUGUAACAAUGUGAAGGGGCUUUUUUGUGUAUGUGUAUGUAUAUAUAAACUGAGGUGAACCAUUUUGUAUAUAUCCUCAAGGCUGAGAACAGCCUAUGUCUCCAAGCUUGGAAGAAUCGAUUUGCUGUCUUUUGUUUUCUUCACGUUUUCAUUUGCGUUCUUUUUCUCUUUCUAAUUCUUUCUUCAAUAGUGCAACCCAGGUAUGUAACAAAAUAAAAGUUUCAAAUUGACCUCAACGA